AUGGCUAAGAAGUAUCCCUUUGAGUUGGAUGGGUUCCAACAGGCGGCAGUUGUUUGCAUGGAAAAAGGCGAAUCGGUUUUUGUUGCUGCUCAUACGUCCGCUGGAAAAACAGUUGUGGCCGAAUAUGCGGUGGCUCUCUGUGAGCAUCAUAAAACUCGGGCUAUUUAUACCUCUCCGAUAAAGGCUUUAUCAAAUCAGAAAUUUCGAGAUUUCAAGAUGAUGUUCACAGAUGUUGGUCUCGUUACGGGUGAUAUUCAACUGUUUCCUGAUGCUUUCUGCCUUAUAAUGACCACAGAGAUCUUGAGAUCGAUGCUUUAUAAUGGAUCCGAGGUGGUCCGAGAUUUGGAGUGGGUAGUGUUCGAUGAAGUUCACUAUAUCAACAACGCCGAAAGAGGGCAUGUUUGGGAAGAGGUACUCAUAAUGCUUCCCUCUCAUGUGAAAAUCGUGAUGUUGUCAGCCACGGUGCCAAACUGCAUUGAGUUCGCUGACUGGGUUGGACGUAUAAAAAACCGCAAAAUUAAUGUGGUAUCAACAUUGAAACGUCCGGUACCCCUGGAACAUUACCUCUAUACAGGACAGGAUGGUAAAACGAAGAAAGAUCUGUUCAAAAUUGUUGACAUGAACGGUAACUGGCAAGAAAUCGGAUAUAGAAAGGCGGCGGAAACUAAG